UUCGUAGUUCAUUCGCAUAAAUACGCACCGCUUUUAGAAACCCUAGACUCCACACCCCGGAAUGGCCGGUGGCUCCUAUCCAAAAUUUUCCUCCCACGAACCCCCGCCACCCUCCUCCUCUUCGUCACAUCGGAAAUCCCGCUGGGAAUCUUCGUCCGGCGCCGCUACCUCUAAAAACAAUAGUAUUAGCAGCAACAAGCCAUCCGAUCCGAAAUCCUCCGACCCAAAGAACAAUAAACCGCCCUCACAGCCGGCCACUCCCAAGCCAGUCACAACGCAGAGCCCUGUAGCUCACUCCAAGCCCGUCGCCACCGGCCAGGUCCAACAACCGCGGCCUCCUUCUGCAAGCCCAUUCCCCUUCCCUGACCUCGCUGUGGUCCUGGGACCACCGCCUCCGCCAUCAUACGGCUUCCACGUAUUGGACCGCCGUACUAUCUCUCUCGCCGAUGGCAGUGUCCGAUCUUACUUCGCUCUCCCUCCCGAUUACCAGGAUCUUCCACACCCGUUCCCUCGCCCCAUGCUUGACGUCCCCGAAAUGGGGGGUUACGGCCGGUUCCCUCCUAACGCACCAAUGAGUCCGGGAGGAUUCCGGAAUGAUAGGGAGAGCUGGAAUCCGAUGGUGGGCCCGGGAGAAGGAUCCUCGAAGAGGAAAUACAGGGCAGAGGAGGAGAGGCAAAGGCAGUUCUUUAACCCCAAUGGGUAUCCAAUUAGGCCUGGCCUGGACCGUUUAUCGGCGGGAACAAGUAGCCCUUUCCGUAGGGGAGGCGACGACAUGAGGGCUUCCAAGUAUAUGAGAACCGAAGCAGGGCAUGGAAAUGUGAAGCUUAAGCAUCUGGACGUAGACCAGGCUGCGCUAAAGAAGACGUUCCUGCACUUCAUAAAGGUGAUCAAUGAAAACGUGGGGCAGAGGAGGACUUACUUGGAGGAUGGGAAGCAAGGGCGGAUUCAAUGUGUUGCCUGUGGCAGGUCAUCUAAAGAGUUUCCAGAUAUGCAUGGUCUUAUAAUGCACUCAUACAACUAUGAUAAUGCCGACUUGCUUGUGGAUCACUUGGGUCUACACAAGGCUCUUUGUGUGUUGAUGGGGUGGAACUAUUCAAAGCCUCCUGAUAACUCAAAGGCCUAUCAGUUGUUACCCGUUGAUGAAGCAGCAGCAAACAAGGAUGAUCUGGUUAUGUGGCCGCCUAUGGUGUUAAUUCAUAACACAAUCACAGGGAAGGGUAAAGAGGGCCGCAUGGAAGGUUUAGGAAACAAAGCAAUGGAUAGCAAAAUAAGAGAUCUGGGAUUCGGGAGUGGCAAAUCAAAGUCCUUAUAUGGCAGAGAUGGCCAUUUGGGUGCUACUCUCAUAAAGUUUACUGGUGAUCAGUCGGGCCUUAAAGAGGCUUUGCGGUUUGCAGAAUACUUUGAGAAGGAUAAUCGUGGACGCAAGGAUUGGGCCCGUCUGCAGCCAUUGACAUUAGGUAAGGAUGAUGAGAAAAAUCCGAAGCUCAUGAAGGUGGAUGAUAGGACUGGGGAGAAAACAAGGAUAUUAUAUGGCUAUCUUGCAACUGCUACUGAUCUGGACAAGGUUGAUUUUGACACGAGAAAAAAGGUUGUGAUUGAGAGCCAAAGGGAAAUCCAAACUUUCAAGUAGACCUUGGGUAGCAUCAAAAGGUAAAAAAGAGCAUAUUUCAAUUCUGUCGCUGUUAAUGAAUCUCUGAUUCCUAGGUUUGUUAGAAGAUGUAAAAUCUUUAUGACAAAUGAUAUUUUGUGGGUCUUUUAAAGAGAUGGGUAGUCAACUCUCCACAAAUAUUGGUGCUGAUUGUUGGAAAAAUAGUGAGAUGGUAUUUGGUAGUUUCUCAUGAUCCAGCCCUAUUAAGUUUUGGUUAGUGUCCUCUAUCCCUGUCCAAAUAGCUUUGGAAGCUAAUUAGUGUUGGGUGCAUGCACCGCUUUCCAUUGAGUUGCUGCCAACUGUCCAGUCUCUUUAGAAAUGAGUGAUUAGAUGACAUGACUGCUUACUCAAUAAAUAAGUUUCAGCCUUGUUUGAAUUGUGAAGACAUGAUUGCUUUGUGGAUAAAGGCCUUACCCUUAAUAGGGCAUGGAUUGCUUUGGACUUUGGAGAACAAUUUAGGGAUAUGAAAGCAAAGCAAAAUAUCUUCUAAUUGAUGGUGAGGAGUUCAUAAUGGCUUUAUGGGGACAAUCAGUCUGGCUCGUUAAAAAGUUUUUAUUUUUUAUUUUUAUAUUUUUGAGUUGUUCAGAAAUUACUGGAUUGAAGAUCUUCUGGCUUAGUACUGGGAAAUAGCAAUGGGACAGCUUUCUUCCAAUGUACCCUUGUGAGUAUUCAAGAUGAGCCUUAGAUUCUCUUGCCCGGAAGAGAAUACCUGAAACCUCAGUUAAAAGGUGUAAGAUAAUUAGAUCUUACUGAGUUUUUUUAUGAGUUGCUAUAUAUCACGUGGUUAUUCUUCCUUUCAUUUGAAUAGAAAAAGAGAUCGUAUGGUACUACACCACCGUCUUGUAUUUUGUAUGCUAUGGUUUAUGGACUUAAUGUGGAAUCAAGGCCUCAGAUGUAAGUUUGUCUUAUUUCUUAUCGUACUCGCCUCUGUGCCCUAUGUGCCUAGGGGAAUGGAAGGAAACACACGGUACAAUCAGUAAAAAGUUUCUGAUAUCCCUUUA